CCUUUAGCUGUAUUUGGUGUCUUGGGUUCUUAGGUAGUUAUCUCUAAAACUGAUCGUUAGGACCACUCCUAGGUGCUUCGAUAAAUUUUCUCACUGAAAAAUAGUGCCCGUGGCCCGAGCGGAGUUGGGAGAAAUGGCGAUUGCAUUUGCGGUGGCUGUGGGAAGACCCACCUCUGCUAUGUACAUGACAAGAUGUAGAGCUAAGUGGGUCUUUACUCCUUCGGCUCUUUCGUGUCCCUCUUCGUCGUCACCAUCUUCUUCUUCUUCUUCUUCUUCUUCUCCAAGAAAGCUAGUCCUUUACUCAAAGCCCGGGUGCUGUUUGUGUGAUGGCCUCAAAGAAAAACUUCAGGCUGCCUUCUUAUUGUCUGGCCCAGAUUCUCUCCACGAUGUUGAUUUGCAGAUAAGGGAUAUUACCAGUAAUCCUGAGUGGGAGAAAGCUUACCAGUAUGAGAUACCCGUGCUAGCUAAACUUCUCUCUGAUGGAACAGAGAGUUCUCAGGGCUGGUUGACUAUCAAAUCAAAGACCAACUUCAAUCCUACAUUUACUUUAAGAUUACCUGCUGUUUUAGGUAACUUUACCUAGAUUAUCUCCUCGGCUUGGAGUGGAGUUUGUACAGAAGAAAAUAGCUGCAGCGUGGGAAGAAUAGAUUAGAAGAUGAAUUUGGCUUAUUGGGUAAGGAGUAUAUUCCAAUGCAUGGUCAAAUUAUAAGUCCUGCAUUGUCUUUAAAUGACCAGACAACAAGUUUCUUUUCUUUCUCCUAUGCCUUAAUUUAUUCCUCCAAAAAGGUUUGUACCACUACUGAAAACAAUACUUCAAAGUUCAAAUCAAAGAAUUUCAAUCGACCA